AUCCCCAUCGUCAGUAUCAUAAGUGAAUUAAUUUCCUGAAUACUUGGCUCUUGGCUUGGCUCAUUUUCCAAAAAAUUUCAAUCAUGCAGGGCGAAAAAUUUAGCAAAUCGAUAAUUUCAGUUCAAAAUAUCCCUUCAAGUAGAAAAAUUCACCAACAUUUUUAUUUCGACUAAAAAAUUUUCUGAAAAUUGUUCUUAUCCUUCCGGCUUCCGCCACCUCCCAGAAAGAUUAUUCAAAACUCAAGAUUUCACAAAACUCACAGGUAAGAGAUGACUCUAGAGAUCAAGAUCAGCGUUAUAUUUCACGCUCAUGUGUUCAUAUCGUCGAUAAUUUACUGCAAAAUGGAAUCAGUGCCAGAAGUACCAGUCUCCGAACCCGAACCUCCAACCAACUGUACCGACGAAGCCAUGGAUAUGGAAACAGCAACCGAUCCACCGGCCAAUUCCACCGACGAAGCUUUCGCAUACCUGAACACUGAUCGUUUCACUUCAGAAAAAUUCAAAAUCGAAGUUCGAGGAUUACCUAAAAAAUACGGCAUCGGUGAACUGAGGAAACUCUUGAAAUCGAAACUCCAGUUAGACUGUUGUAAAAUAAAACCUCCUACGAGAAACGGCGGCUCCUGGUUAUACUUGACUUUCCGUUCCGAAGAUGAAAAACAAAAGGCUAUCGUUACUUUGGACGGUUUCGUUUGGAAAAAUCGCAAAUUAACUGCUCGUCCAGCUGCAGCAGUCGCCGAUCCUUAUUUCGCCAAACGAAAAACAUUAUCGAAAGAAGCCCUCGAAAAACAAAAGCUAGCUAUGCUCAUGUCACCCGACGAGUUGAUUAAAAAUAGCACGGUUCCUUUAUGGAAUAUGCCUUACGAACAGCAAUUGGAAUCGAAAGUAAAAUAUAUUAAGGCAAUUCUGGACGACCUGAAAGAAAAAAUACUGCACGAUAAUAAACAUUCUAAAGCAGGAAGUUGGCUGGAAGAACGAUGUAAGCAGAAUAACGAUAGUAUUUGCGAAGUAACUGAUGUCAGACACGUUCCUUUAGAAGCGAUUUCAAAAGGGUACAGGAAUAAAUGCGAAUUCAGUAUUGGAAUAAACGAAGCAACCGGUUUGAAAACUGUUGGAUUCAGGUACGGUGCCUACGUCGAAGGAUCUACCAGUGUAGGAUCAGUUGCCCAGGUACCCCAUGUUCCUGAUCGUAUGAAAGAAGUAGUAAAAGUAUUCGAACAAUUCGUUCAGAAAUCCGACCUACCUGUUUUCAGUCCAGUUCAAGUCAAAGGGUUCUGGAAACAGUUGACUGUUCGUUUAGGUAUGAAUACCGGUGAAUUAAUGGUUGUAGCUGCCGGUAACGCGGAUAACGUUACUGCUGAUCAAUUGGCUCAGACUAAGAAAGAUAUCGUCGAGCUUUUCGCCGAACAAGAUGGUAAAAGUUGUAACGUAACGUCGUUAUAUUUUCAAAAUAUUUCCACCCAGGAACGUAGUUAUGAUAUGAAAUCGUUAGAAUUACUCGAUGGAGCACCCACUAUUACAGAAGUGCUGAACGGUUUGAAAUUCUCCAUAUCACCUUUUUCUUUCUUCCAAAUACACACCGCUGCUGCCGAAAUACUCUACAAUUCGGUUGCCGAGCUCAUACCUUCUUCUAAGAAAGUUACCUUGCUUGAUAUCUGCUGCGGUACAGGAUCUAUAGGAUUAUGUUUAUCUAAAAAAUGUGAUCAAGUAAUCGGCGUCGAAUCCGAACCAUCGGCCAUAGAAAACGCUAAAAUCAACUGUAAACAGAAUAACAUCGAUAAUUGCGAAUUUCAUCUAGGUAGAGCCGAAGAUAUACUCCCUUCGAUUAUUCCACAAGCUCGAAACGAAGAGAUAAUCGCCGUUGUGGACCCUCCCAGAAACGGUUUACAUAAAAAAGCUAUCUCGUCGUUGAGACGAACGAGUGGUAUAAAUAAGAUAAUUUAUAUGUCGUGUAGUCCGAAAGCAGCACUGGUGAAUUUCAUAGACCUGGGUCGACGACCUUCGAAAACCUUACUAGGUGCUCAGUUCUUUCCAACGAUGGCUAUCCCUGUUGAUAAUUUUCCCCACACGAAUCACAGCGAGCUGAUUUUAGUCUUUGAACGAUACAACGAUACUACGCAGCAGAAUAAUAGCUCGAGUCUAUCAGUACCUGUAGUUGUCGAGCCACCUAACCAAUGUAUGGAAGCUUCUGAGAAGUGUGUUGAAAACGACGUUACCUCUUGAGUGAAAAUAUCAACUCGACUGAAAGUAUAUUUUUAUAUUUCAACUUAAAAACAUUACAUAACGUGUACGCCUAAGCUGGAAAAACUAGCACAACAGUAAUUAUUUUCUUAUCAUUGUACACAGUACAAAACAUAGAUGUAAAAUAAACCGUUUAUUUGCAUCUA